ACCAUGAGUUGUCGCUAAAGGACCAACCUUCCACCACCAUUCACUGGCUGGGCUAAGAAACAGAGCCACAGAAGUUAGACUCAAAACAUUAUGGUAAUAAUCUCCAAGGACCCAGGCUCCCUGUUGCCUAGUGACAAAGUUUCCAAGUCCACUGAAGGAUUCAGACUAUAACUGAGGUGUUUCUGCUAAUAUCUUCCAUCAAUUUCAUCUCUUUUCCACCUGUCAAUUACAUCACCUACUGUAUUUAAGGAAGCAAAAUGGCCAAGGGACGGAAAGGCCCUAAGGGGAAAAAGAUCACUUUAAAGAUCGCCAAAAACUGUAUCAAGGUCACGUUCGAUGGGAGACGGCGCCUUGACCUAAGCAAAAUGGGGAUCACCACCUUCCCCAAGUGUAUCCUGAAGCUCAGUGAAGUAGAAGAACUAGACCUAAGCCGGAACAUGAUCAAGAAGAUACCAGAAAGCAUCUCCAAGUUCCAAAAUCUGCGCUGGUUAGAUCUUCACAGCAAUCUCAUUGAGAAGCUUCCUGAAAGCAUAGGUCAGCUGGGCACUCUCCACUACCUCAAUCUCUGCAAUAACAAGCUAACCGCCAACAGCCUUCCUUUGGAACUCAGAGAUCUGAAGAACCUUCGUACACUGAACUUGGGUUUGAACCAUAUUGAGAAUCUCCCCACUACCCUUGGGGCGUUGAAAGAGCUCCAUGAGGUGGGUGUCUUCGACAAUCUUCUGACCAGUAUACCCACUAGUAUUGCCAAACUUCCCAAACUAAAGAAACUGAAUGCAAAGCGCAAUCCCUUCCCCAAAGAUGAUGAUGUGGCAUUUAUCGAUUCCAUAAAGCGGUUAGAAAGCUUGUACUUGGUAGAAAAGAAAGACCUCUGUGGGCCCUGCCUGAAGAAAUGCCAAGAAGCCCGGGACAAGCUGAAUAAAAUAAAGGGCAUGGCGCCAGGCCAAGCAAGGAAGCCAAACUUUGCAAAUCUAGUUAACCCCAACUCAACAGCUAAGGAGAGUCAAGAGGAGUGGAGGUGAACAGGGACCCUUUCCCUGGGGAAAGGGGGGGGGAAAUCGCAUGAAUUUGUGUGAACAAGCAGCGGAAUGUACAUCAUAUUUAGUCAUGUAGCUUCACCAGUCAAGCCCAUAAAACAGCUUUCCCUUCCUCCUUUGCUUGUGGAUCUGGUGAUUUAAGUGUUUAUUGGUUUUUUUUGUUUUUCUCCCUCUCAAACACACAAACUCACACACAGUCAUAAAAGGUCCACACCCCUCCUCUUGCCAAUGAAUAAAGCCAUUUAGGCAUCAGUUAGUGAGAAGGGCAACUAAUGACUCAGUUUCUGUAAUCUCCCCACUUCUGGACUUUGUAAAUCUAGGAAGCAUUAAUGAGCUGGAAAAAUGCUGAAGGAUCUUGAGACUUUUUAAAAGAAAAUUUACCUUUGGUAGCUCUCAGAACAGGUUGAGACACUUUCUGGUAUAGGUUAGAGAACUAGAACUGGAGAUAGGAGGUGUGGUUUCAAAUCCUGCAUCACACGUUAUUGCCCCACACACGAUUUGCCCAUAUGAUCAUGAGCAAGUCACUUAACUUUUCAAGGUCUCAGUUGUCCUAUCUGUAAAAUGGAAAUAAACAUCCUUGUACUACUUAUUCUACUGUGUUGUUGGGGUGGGGGGAUGCUUUGAAAACUUCAACGAACUAUGUAAACAUGAGUUAUUAUUAACUUGUUCUCCCUAAUGUUAUGUUUACUUCUUAUGAAGGAAAAUAUUGAAAUGGCUACUCAUAAGCUUCAUGUUCUCCUACACGAUGUUUACCGUUGGUAAGCAGUGGUGGUCUAGAAUGUUUGGGUGAUCUUACUCCCUAUUAUCUUUGUUUCUUGCAUACUCGAGUCAUGGACAAAUAGCUUGGCUGGCAGACUGCCAAUGAGACUUAGCCUCUGAUAGAAUUGGUAAAAAAAAAAAGGGGCUGCAAGAAAAGAAUAUGAUUCUGAAUAUAGGCCUACACAAUGGCAAACAAGUUUGGGCGAAGCAAAAACCCUCCCCUACACAGAUGCAAUUAAUUCACGGGUUUAUUUAUCAAAUAACAACUUCUGGACACUAUCUAAUCUGUUUCCCACCUCAUCUACUCUAAAUCCCUUGUUUUAUAGUGAGGAAAUGGAGGUCCAGCAAAGUGAAAUGACAUGCCCAAAGUCACAAAGGUAGCAGGCAUCAUAGGCCAGAGCCCAUUCCGGGUUCUCUGACUCCUUGACUGGUGCUCCUGCCACCAUAUUGCAUUGCCUCUUGUUUGUUCCGGGGGAGGAGCUGUCUAUACCAAACUUUAGAA